AUGGAUCCCUCAACCACCGUCGACCCUGGCAGACUCAAGCACCCGGAGGCCAUCUAUGACAAGAUCCUCCGCCGAAGCAAUGGGGACAGGGACGCGGUUCCUGUCCAGGGUGUCACUCGGAUCUACAAGGACCAGUUCGAGCAUUUGAUGGGCCUCAUCAAAUCGAACGACAAGCUCUACCGCUCCGUCGCCCGCCACGUCAAGUUCAGUUUCGCGCGCAACAAGCUCUUCUACAGCUUUCCCGAUCUUGUUCACCGUCUCUUCGCCGGGCUCCUGCGCAGCAUGAUCGACACCAAGAUUGCCGAGGUGGCGGAGCGUUACGCCCGCCGCGACGCCGAUGGCAACGUGCUCAAGAACGUUGCCAGCGCCAUCACACAGGUUCGCGCCAUUGACAUCGAUGGGAUUGACGCAGACGGCGUUUGGGAGUUCAACUGGGGCUCCGGCGCCCAAGCCAAGAGGCUUUGCUUUGCGCUGGACGCCGCCCAUGCGGUGGAUUACAACGUCGCGGAGCGCAGGAUGAUGAGACUCAUGGCAGCGAAUAAGGGACGUCCUGGCAUGGCUAUCCUUGUGCGCAUGAGCAAUAGCCGCAUGGAGCUCGAUCAUACCAAGAGCGAGCACAAGAGGGCGGACUACACCAUCCUUAAGGUUACCCAGCAGAACUUAGAUUUGGGAAAGAAGCCCUAUGUCUUCAUCUCGAGCCGGACGCGCGUCAAAUUCCGCCAUAAGAACGGCAAGGAGCGCCACGGUGAAUUGCGGAUUCCCAUCAGGGACAUGAUCGGGUCGAGGCACACCGUCAGGGACCUGAUCUGGUCGAGCCACGUGCGCUUCGUCAACGAGGACGAUCCGGUCACGGUGGCAAUUCUGGAGGAGGACAUCGUCAUCACGCAUCACGAGCUCUGGAUGAGCUUGGAAAUGGCAGAGAAUGCGCAUGCGCGCAAGCUUCGCGCGUUGAACCAAGCCUCGUAA